AUGGUGCACGCGCUCGCGCAGCUCAUCGCGGACUACCGCACGCCGCCGGGCAAGUCGCUGCCGCGCGACCUGCUGGGGUCCGUCAACGCGGCGGUUGACUUCCUGGUGCGCUGCCGGCCGCUGGGGGUGUCGAUGGGCAACGCGAUCAAGUUCAUCAAGCUGUGCAUAUCCAAGACCGAUCCAAACGCCCCCGAGGCCGCUGCCAAGGGUGACCUGCUCAAGCAGCUGGGGGACUUUGUGCAGGAGAAGGUGGUGCUGGCAGACCAGGUCCUGGUGACCACCGCGGUGUCCAAGAUCUACGAUGGUGACGUAGUCAUGGUCUACGCCUUCUCCCAGGUGGUGCUGGACGUGCUGCUGCAGGCGCACGAGGCCGGCCGCCGCUUCCGGGUGGUGGUGGUCGACAGCCGCCCCGAGUGCGAGGGGCGGCGGCUGCUGCGGCGGCUGCUGGACGCAAACAUGGCCUGCACCUACACGCUGCUCAGCGGGCUGUCGUACGCGGUCAAGGAGGUCACCAAGGUCGUGCUCGGGGCGGCGGCGGUGCUGUCCAACGGGACGGUCAUGGCGCGCGCCGGCAGCGCCCUUGUCGCGACUAUGGCGUCUGCUGCGGGCAAGCCGGUGCUGGUGUGCUGCGAGACGCUCAAGUUCCACGAGAGGGUGCAGCUGGACAGCAUCACCCACAACGAGCUGGGGGACCCGGGGGUGCUGGCCAGGCUGCCGGCCGGCGUCAAGAUCGCCGGCGACGACCAGGGGCCGGCAGAUGGCUCCGGCACUGUGGUUUCGCCGCCGCUGGCCGGGUGGGAGGCGGUGCCGCGGCUGGGGCUCCUGAACCUGAAGUAUGACGCGAUGCCGGCGGACUGCGUCACCAUGGUGGUGUGCGAGUUUGGGAUGAUCCCCUGCAGCAGCGUGCCUGUGAUCCUGCGGGAGUGGGGCGCGAAGAUGGAGGAGGGGCAGGCGCAUCUAUUCAAGGUUAUGAUAAGCACAGACAACCACUUGGGUGUGUGGGAGAAGGACGAGAUUCGCAAGGACGACUCUUUCGCGGCCUUCGAGGAGGUCCUGCAGCUGGCGAAGCAGCACCAGGUCGACCUGCUGCUGCUGGGCGGCGACCUGUUCCACGACAACAAGCCCUCGCGGCCCACGGUGGUCAAGACGGUGCAGCUGCUCACCAAGUACUGCCUGGGGGACGACCCAAUACGCUUCCGCAUACUCAGCGACGCGGCGGCAAACUUCGUGGGGGGGUGA